GCCUCACCUGUGCUCUGUGCCCAACGGCAGCUGCGGGCUCAGGGGCAGUGGGAGGGCUUCCACUUCCUUUCACUUUCUCAGGCCGCCAAACCUGGCACCUGGGGACAGAACUACAGUUCCCACCGCGCAGCGAGGCAGCAGGAAGACGGGGCCCUACGGGCUGAAAAGGAAAACAAGGAGAAAAAGAAAACCUUUCCCGCGAGCAGAAGUGAGAGCGCGCGACAGGUUUCGUGGAUUUUUAUGAGGAGACCCAAGACGAUAGUCUUUGAGGAACCUUUGAGGGCCUGAGGAUAUUUGCCUGGAGGGGAUAUGCUUGGCGCUCCAAAUAUCUGAUGGGCUGGCAUGUGGAAUCGGAAUCUGCCCAGUCCUGGCAUAGCACGAGGGUCAACAGAUGGAACCCUGGGAGAUAGAUUUCAACCCCAGCUCCACUCCAGGGAGGCAGCGCCAUGCAGUUCUCCAGCUCAGCCAGGGCAGCAGAUGAGAACUUCGACUAUUUGUUCAAGAUCAUCCUCAUCGGGGACUCCAACGUGGGGAAGACGUGUGUGGUGCAGCAUUUCAAAUCCGGGGUCUACACGGAGACACAGCAGAACACGAUCGGCGUGGACUUCACUGUGCGCUCCCUGGAGAUCGACGGCAAGAAAGUGAAGAUGCAGGUGUGGGACACUGCAGGCCAGGAGCGCUUUCGGACCAUCACCCAGAGCUACUACCGCAGCGCCCACGCGGCCAUCAUCGCCUACGACCUGACCCGGCGGUCCACCUUUGAGUCCGUUCCUCACUGGAUUCACGAGAUAGAAAAAUACGGAGCUGCGAACCUGGUCAUUAUGCUGAUCGGGAACAAAUGUGACCUGUGGGAGAAACGGCAUGUUCUGUUCGAGGAUGCCUGCACGCUGGCUGAGAAAUACGGCCUCCUUGCUGUUUUGGAGACAUCAGCUAAGGAGUCCAAGAACAUAGACGAAGUCUUCGUGCUCAUGGCCAGGGAGCUGAUCGCCCGCAACAGCCUGCAGCUGUAUGGGGACGGCGCCCUGAACCACCUGCCCCUGGACUCCAGUCCAGUCCUUAUGGCCCAGGUGCCAAGUGAAAAGACCCACUGCACUUGCUGAGUGUGGUCACCCAGCCAAUAGCACCCACCAGAGGCAUCGCUAAACCAAAGGGGGCGGGUCUUCUAGUGUCUGCUGGGUAGCAUUUCAGACCCAAGUGUAGACUUGCCACUAGUUCUCAAUCCUGGGUUCAGACCAGAGGCCACAACAGCUGACUCUGAGGCCAGGGGAUACCACUGUCCUUUCCGAUUUUGCCUUGGACCUAAAGGCACAGGGUUAGGAGGACAAGGUUUGCUCUUCUUCGUCUCUUUUCUGUCUUCCCAACCCUUCAACUAUGUUUCCACUGACCUUUGCUUCUCACUUGAAGAAGAGGGUAGUGAGGAAAGAUCAAAGAGGGGCGAGGAUGCGUGGAACACUCCGGAACAGUUUAAAACAGCUUGGUCAUGGGCAGAUGAGAAAAAAGCCUGCAGUGAUAAGCCAGAAUGCCGUUAACAUUUGCUUCCUGAUAGUCACACCUCAGGGUUUUAGUUUGGGGAGCAAAGCCUUUUGAUAUAAAGACCAUAAAUACCUCUUGCCAAAUGGUCAGGAGCCAUGUGAUGGAGACAGAACUGGAUUUCACUUCAUUCUAUUUGGGCUGAUGUGGGAGACGUCUACAGUUUCUUUCCAAAACACCACAUUGGCUGCUGGAUCAGAAGGCAUUUCUGAAUAGUAAUUAAUUUGGCUCACAGGUGAAUAGCAAACCAAUAUUGACCUCACAGUAUGGCCCUGGGCACACCAUGUACCUGUAGCACACUGGUUUUUCUUGUUUUUUUUCUUAAAUAUAUUUUAUUGAUUUUUUACAGAGAGGA